CUAUAGGGCAAUUGAUGCGGGAAGUGUCAAUGGAAUCGUAGUAGGUAGCCAAAAGUUUUGGAUGGUGGUUUUGUUUUUUUUGCUCAAAGACCAAAAAAAGAAGCUCUCUCUAUUGCUUCACUCCAUCGGUUGAUCAAGGCAGUCACAACCAGUGUGUGAAUGAUGGGUAAGGAGCCUGGUCCAGUCCAGAUCGUGACUGUGAGCAAGGAUGACCACUCCUACUCGCUUGACGUGGAGGCACUGGAACAGGUCCUGCUCGCUCCGGAGUUGCGGGAAAAGCAUGUUGUGGUGCUGUCUGUCGCCGGAGCCUUCCGGAAGGGCAAAAGCUUCAUCCUGGACUUCAUGAUCCGAUACAUGUAUGGAAAGUCUAAGGAGGAGUGGCUGGGUGCGGAGGAUGAGCCACUGACGGGCUUCUCCUGGAGGGGGGGCUCGGAGCCCGAGACCACGGGCAUCCAGCUGUGGAGUGAGGUCUUCCUGGUGGAGAAGAGCGAUGGCACUCAGGUGGCAGUGUUGCUGAUGGACACCCAGGGUGCUUUUGAUACGCAGUCCACCGUCAAAGACUGCGCCACUAUCUUUGCCCUGAGCACCAUGACCAGCUCCAUACAGAUCUAUAACCUGUCUCAGAACAUCCAAGAGGACGACCUGCAGCAGCUCCAGCUGUUCACAGAGUAUGGGCGACUCGCAAUGGACGAGAUCUUCCUGAAGCCCUUUCAGUCACUGAUGUUCCUCAUUAGAGAUUGGAGCUUUCCCUAUGAGUAUGGUUACGGGUUCAAAGGCGGCAGUGAAUUCCUAGACAAACGCUUGCAGGUCAAGGAGGCUCAACAUGAAGAGCUACAGACUGUGCGGGAGCACAUCGAUUCCUGCUUCAACUCCAUUACCUGUUUCCUGCUGCCACACCCAGGGCUAAAGGUCGCCACCAGCCCAGCCUUCAACGGCCAGCUCAAGGAUGUGGCUCAAGAGUUCAAGGACCAGCUCCGCGAGCUGAUUCCCAAUCUCCUAGACCCCGACAACAUGGCAGAGAAGGAGAUCAACGGCAACAAGGUCACCUGCCGCGGCCUGGUGGAGUAUUUCAAGGCUUACAUCAAGAUCUACCAGGGAGAGGACCUACCCCAUCCCAAGUCAAUGCUACAGGCCACAGCAGAGGCCAACAACCUGGCAGCAGUGGCUGCAGCCAAAGACCAGUACUACAAGAAUAUGGAGAAGGUUUGUGGAGGAGACUUGCCUUAUGUUGCCCCAGAUUCCCUUGAAGAAAAACAGAACUUCAUCCGUAGCGAGUCCCUUCGUCUCUUCGACUCCACCAAAAAAAUGGGGGGACAGGAGUUCUGCGACCGCUACCACGCGGAGCUGGAAGAAGAGCUGAAUGUAAUGUGGCAGUCUUUCAGCAAGCACAACGAGUCCAAGAACAUCUUCAGUGCAUUCCGGACGCCCGCAGUGCUUUUUGUCCUUGUCUGCUUCCUGUACGUGCUGUCGGGGGUGCUGCUCUUCAUCGGCCUCGUCACGGUUUCCACGGCGUGCGACAUCGUGCUGCUCCUGGCCAUGAUCGCCAUGCUCACCUGGGCCUUCAUCCGCUACUCGGGCAAAUACCGGGGGGUGGGCACUGCAAUAGACCAGGCAGCCGGCGUGGUUCUGGAGCAGGCCACAGUGGUGCUAAACAAGUCAAGAGGAACAGCAGUUGUCCCAAACAAGAAGUUCAGCUAGCUUCUCAACCUCCGGGAACGCAAGAUGAGAAAUCCUACAAUGCAAAGUAGAGAUGCAGUGCGACACUGGUCCAACAUUCCAGCGUAACCAUUCUCACAAGAAAACCCAAUGCAACUUCAAGAAAUUCACCAGCACACCACUUUCAAAAACACAAGCACUAUAUUACACAAUGUUGCAGUGACACAGCAUUAUCGAGAAGAGCUCAACUGCAUGGCACCAUGGAGUGCAAACCAGCUUUAAUCUUCAAGGUUGGGUGUGGCCUCUAUCCCCCCCCAACCCCCCAUCCCUCACCCCCUUACUUGCUUGUGCUUGUUCUACUGCCCCUCGUUCACAUUGUGUCUCUAGAUCUCCCACCCAUGUAAUGAGUUAAAUUUAAAGCUUUGAUCAACUGACCAAGCAAGGUCCCUCUACCGAGUCUGUCCUACAUAACCAAACACGUCCCCUGGAUUUUUAUUUAUAUAUAUAUAUUUGUUUUUGAGGUUUUUUCCCCCCAAAGAACUGAGAAGUCAAGCUCAUAUUUGAAAACAGUGAUCAUUUUUUUCUCAUAUCACAGGGCAACCCUAAUAAUUGGCAUAGUUUAGGUCCUCUGUAUAUGUCAACACCCUUUAUUCUCUGCUGUGCCUUAUAUUAAUCUACAUGACGUGGUUAUCAUAAAUGCCCCCAGGGGUGCUCUAGGGUGCAGUGGGCUUUUGCUAUGUAUCGCCAUACCAUUUAACAAUGGCAUAUUAUAAUGUAUCAUUUCUUGAGCUCUGACAUUCCUCCCCUCUAUGUCCUAUCCCCCUCAUCUUCCUGUCUUGUGUGAACAAUGUAGUUUAUUAUUAUUAAUUUGCUGAACACUUCUGCCAAGCAUUAAACACCCUCGACUCAUUGACUUGUCUCAAUUAGUUGAAAUCCAUCCCAUCCUGGUAAGUAUUUUCAUAACUGCUUCCUGAUUGAUGCUUGCUCCCAUCUGACUAUUUUCCCAAAGGAAUAUCCUGUAUUGUGUUUAGAGAUUUCCAUCUAUCCAAUAAUAUUCCAUGUCCUGUAAAACUAAUUCCAGUUUCAGUUCUGCGUGGAGUGUCCUGAAACGACUUAUUCAGGCAAAUGUAUUGUUUGGUCUGUGAAAUAUCUUCAUUGUAAAAACUACUCCAUUCUAUUUUCAGUCACAGACAGAUGACGGUUCAAAGAUCAUUUUCACCUGUCCUGUGAUGUCUAAAAUGAGUAUAUUGGUUAUAAUGUUUUUCUGGAUGUUCUUUAAUGGUGGCAAGUCCAGUUCUUCUCUUUGCCAUACUGCCUCACAUUCCAUGUUCAAUUGUAUGCCAUUGUAUUGUGUGUAGAAGUGCCUGCUUAAAUCAUAAUGUGUAAGACAUAGAUGUGGAAUUUAGGUUCUGUGCAUUUAUUGCGCUCAUUUCUCCCUACUGUUGCACUGCAAGCACACACUUCAUUCCAGCAAUAAAAUAUAUAUUGUAUGCUUUAAUUGUAUGUCCUCAUUGUUUACUUUUAUUAUUCUGUUGUAUGCCUUUGUGUACUGGACAUAUAUUACUGAAACAAGUAAAAAGCUUUUAAACCAAAUAAAAUUUAAAUGUUUGAAAUAAACAGUA